UGGCUCUGCUGUUGACGCCACGUAAGAUUGACAGUAGGUGAUACCACAAAUAAUCUUUGAAUGAAAAAUCAGAACAAUAUUAAAAUAUGAAGUAUGAAAAACUGCAUUUGUGAUAAAAUUUCCCAUUAAUUUCCAGUGAAUAUUGAACAUCCAAAAUGUCUGAGAAUAGGAUAAAUGGAUCUCCUAGUUUAUCAGAGAAAGCAGUGAACCCUGCUACAAGACCUGUGCCUCAGUACAAUUUCAAUGGAAUCGCAUCACCACAAAAUUCUUCCAGGGGUUCUUCUCCCUCACCUCAUUUACCUAAAAUACCAGUAUCGCAGUUGCCACCUUCAAGAAUACCACCUUCGCAGCUUCCCCCUGCUUCAUCAAUCAACUCACUGUCUCAAAAAGUGUCACAGUUGACUGUUCAGCAUCAGAUGCCAAAUAUUAUAAGGCCACAACAUUUUUCAACACCUAAUGAAAAUGUAAGUUUGUUGAAGACAAAUGUCAGUACAGGUUUAAGCAGUUUUUCUCCUGUUACAACAAGGUCUAAGAAUGAUAACUUAUCACCACAGAAUUUUCUUGAAAUUUCAUUAAAUGAUGAUAAAUCUACUAAGUCUGAUCAAUCCAAAGAAGAUGAGUAUUCAAAUAGCCAGCCGAUAAAAGCAGUUCAUGGUAUGGAUGAUAGGAAUACAAAUGUAGGAACUAUGAAUGAUGUAAAAAGUAAUAAUCAGAUCAAUAAAGGAGUGCAAAUGGAACCCAGAAACUUUAGCAAUCAUCUAUUUCAAAAUGAUUAUAUGAACAGAAGCAAUAAUGAUGCUGCAAGGUCAAGUCAACACAAUCCAUUUUUGGGUGAUUUACUAAAAAAUAAUGAUAAUAAACCAGUUGUAAAUCAUUCAUUACAACAGGGAAACUUUCAGCCAUUACACUCUCAAUUGCCUCUCAGUCAACAUUUUAAAAACUCACCAAGUGCACUAGGACAACCUACCCCAGUUCAGUCGCAGUUUCCAAAAGUGGGAAUGCAGAAUGUGAGCAAUAGUGUAUAUCCUGUGACUAAUGUGAAUAAACCCAAUAUAAGUGCUAAUAGAAUGCCUUCUCCCAACAAUAUUCCAGUACAUAAUCAGCCUUUGGCACCUCCGAAUAGUAAUAAUUUUGUUCCAAGACCAACAUCGGGUGUUAGACCAAGUUUCAAUUUGAGUGCAAUGGGAAGUCAGUUUCAGAAUAAUCAAGCUACAUUAGGAAAUCCAAGAUUGCCGUCAAUGCCUCAGAAUGUAUCAAAUUAUCGUUCACCAGGGAAUCUCCAACCAUUAGCAACUCCCCCUACUUACCCUCCAAGUUAUAAUGGUGAACAAAAGCAGUCUACACCAUCUUUUAAUCAGCCACCACCAACUCAAAACUACUCUCCGUCCCAUGUUAGACCUCAAAUGCAGUCCUCAAGAUAUCCUACUGUACCGCCCCAAUCUACAGCAACUCAACCUAGUAUGCCCCCAUACAGUCAACAGUAUCAAGGUAAUCUAGCCCAGAAUCAAAGAAAUUCGGGAUAUGCAACAAAUCAAUACCAAACCCAAUCGUAUGGUCAAAAUGUUGUGAGCCAAGGUUUCAACAAACUUUGGGGUAUGGAAAAUUAUGAUCUACUUCAAACAAUCAACAUUCUACCACCUAGCAAGAUUCCAGCUCCUAAAAUACUCCUGGGCAAUGAGACUUUGAAUUCAGCCAACUGUAGUGGAGAAAUUUUCAGAUCGACACUUACGAAGAUACCAGAGAGCCAAAGUUUACUACAAAAGUCGAGAUUACCACUUGGAAUUCUCAUACAUCCCUACAAAGAUCUUACUCAACUCUCAGUGAUACAGUGCAAUGUUAUAGUGAGAUGCAGAGCGUGUAGGACUUACAUAAACCCUUUUGUUUCCUUCGUAGAUUCAAAGAGAUGGAAAUGUAAUUUAUGUUAUAGAGUGAACGAACUUCCGGAAGAAUUUCAAUAUGAUCCAGUUUCAAAGACUUACGGAGACCCUUCAAGAAGACCCGAGAUUAGAUCGAGUACCAUAGAAUACAUAGCUCCUGCUGAGUAUAUGCUACGACCUCCUCAACCAGCUGUUUAUCUAUUUUUGUUGGAUAUCUCCAGACUGGCUGUGGAAUGCGGAUAUUUGAAUUUGUUCUGUAGUGUUCUACAAGAAGAAUUAGUUAAUUUGCCUGGAGAUUCCAGAACGCAAGUUGGUUUUAUAGCUUAUGACUCUUGUUUACAUUUCUUCUCAUUUGCCGAAGGGUUGAGUCAACCCCAUGAAAUGAUGGUUUUAGACAUAGAUGAUAUAUUCUUACCCUGUCCAGAUAACUUGUUAGUUAAUUUAAAAGAUAAGAUGGAACUGAUAAGAGAUUUACUGAACGAGCUCCCGACUAGGUACAAUAACAGCUACGAUAGCAAUUCUGCUAUGGGAGCUGCUCUACAAGCCGCUCAUAGAAUGAUGUCUGCCACCGGAGGCAGAGUAACUGUAUUCCAGUCAAGUCUACCUAACGUUGGUCCUGGUGCUUUGACACCAAGGGAAGAUCCAAAUCAAAGAUCAGCAGCUGAAGUUCAAAACUUAAAACCCGCAAACGAUUUUUACAAACGUCUAGCGCUGGACUGUAGUAGUCAACAAAUAUCCGUGGACUUGUUUAUAAUCAAUUCUCAAUACAUUGACAUAGCCACUAUAAGUGGAAUCAGUAGAUUCAGUGGAGGAAGCGUUCAACAUUUUCCUCUUUUCAAACACAAUAGGCCUAUUCUGAGUGAUAAGUUAGAAAGAUGUUUUAGACGAUAUUUGAUUAGGAAAAUUGGAUUCGAGGCAGUUAUGAGAAUAAGGUGCACAAGAGGGAUGUCGAUACACACAUUUCAUGGGAAUUUCUUUGUUCGUUCUACGGAUUUGCUUUCAUUACCUAAUGUUAAUCCGGACGCAGGAUUUGGUAUGCAAGUUUCAAUCGACGAGAAUUUAUCGGAUGUAGAUACUGUAUGUUUUCAAGCAGCUUUAUUAUAUACAUCUAGUAAAGGAGAGAGAAGAAUUCGAGUACAUACGUUAUGCCUACCUGUAGUAUCGGCUCUUCAUGAAAUUGUACACUCAGCUGAUCAACAAUGUAUAGUUGGACUAUUAGCUAAAAUGGCAGUGGAUAGAAGUAUAGAAUCUAGUCUUUCAGAUGCAAGAGAAGCGUUCAUAAACGUUGUCAUAGAUAUAUUGUCCAGCUAUAAAUUAUCUCUAAAUCUUGGAUCAACUCCGAACGGAUUGCUGGCACCAAAUUGUUUGAAACUUUUACCCUUAUACAUUUCUGCCUUGCUUAAAACUCAGGCAUUUAGAACAGGUACUUCAACUAGAUUGGAUGACAGAGUUAAAGCUAUGAUCGAUAUGAAAACAUUGCCGUUAAUGAGGUUAAUUCAAUGUGUUUAUCCUGAUUUAUAUCCAGUACAUAAUUUAGAGGAACAACAAAUAAUUUUGAAUGUGGAAGAAAUUCCCAUUCAUGUACCUCCCCGCCUACAAUUAACAUCAAGAAAUAUUGAUAGCAUAGGUGCUUAUCUUAUGGAUACUGGAGAUCAUAUGAUACUAUAUGUUGGUUCUAGUGUAUCACAAGUUUUUCUGAUGGAGGGUUUGGGUGUCCAAAAUUUCAAUUCAUUGGAUGAACAACUGUAUGACAUUCCGUUCAUAGAAAAUGAAACUAAUCUCCGGCUAGUGUCAUUCAUAAACUAUUUGAAUGAGGAAAAACCUCAUCCUGCAACUAUACAAAUAAUAAAAGAUAAUAGUCCUAAUCGUGGUGUGUUUCUUGAGAGACUUGUAGAGGAUAGAUUUGAAAAUGCACUUUCUUAUCACGAGUUUUUACAACACAUAAAAGCUCAAGUGAAAUAAUGUUAAGUUGUAUUCAUUCUAUAAUUAUUGGUUUUGUAAAAUUAUACAUCUUUAUAUAUAAGGGUGUAACUCUUCGAGUCAUUAUAACUAAUUUGGUGGAAUGAAUGAACCAGGAAAGAAUAUGUUUCGAUAUAUUGUUUUCAAUGGAAUUUUGAGAUGUACUCUUUCAAUAUAUGUCCAAAUUACGCAAAUGCCAUUAGAAUAUUUUAUUUAUCUUAUAGCAAAGAUUUUUAAUAAGUAUGUUAAAUGCUUGAAUGAUUGAUUCCAUUUAAAUAUGUGGCAGUGAAUAAACUGCAUGGCAAAAUUCGAGUUUAGUUUUUGCAAAAUGAAAUUAACUAUGACUAUUAUUUCUCUGAUGUUAUAAUGAAAAAAAUUGUUAUGCACACAAAUUAAGUGGAGAGUUUUUCAAUAGCAUUGAAUGUUUUGGGAAUGUAUAUAAAUUAUUUUAAAUAGUUCUUUCUAUUCUACUCUUAUUUUAUUUAUCACCCCAAAUAGUGUAGAAAAUACACUUUGUAUCAGUGAGUUUAUAUAAAAAAAUUGUUUUCUGAAUCUAUAUUGAAACAGACCAUCCUGAAUGAGUGAAAAUAUUAUUUAUAUUAUGUUUAUGUACAUCAAAUGCAUAAUAAAGAUGUGCAUUAUUUGUU